UUUAAGCAAUUUGCAAAAGGUUGGUAUAUGGCGCUCGUAGUUUGUUGUGGAUACUUCGUCGACACCACUUACGAUUUUAAGUGAGACUCAGUGCGAUAAAUGUUCGGUGAAGAUCAGUGCUUCAGGUGACAGGUGCCUAAUACACGGAAUUUCGUCCGAACUGUUAUCAAUAGGAGCCCACUCAGACCAAAAAUCAAGGCAAAAUGAAUAACACUCCAAGCUGUAAUAAGACGAAAGUGAAAGUGUUUCACUGAUCUAUCUCAUUUUACUCGAGUUAUUUCGACCUAAAACCAAACCACAGCCCACAAAUUCGGAUGACUACACGCAGUUUACAUAAUUCGUGACAAGCAUAGGGCCUUGAGCAGAUCCCUGCGGCAAGCAUCCUCCCUCUGCAGCCAAUUGAAGAAUUACAAAAGAAAUGGUAGGAUUAGUGCGAAUGGCCUUCGAUAGAUACCACACGAUCCUAGAUAGGAUAAGUGAUCCUCGGACGUCAGACUGGCCGCUGAUGCAGAGUCCGGUUCCCACUAUAAUGAUGGUGGUGACAUAUUUGUACGUGAUCCUGAUCCUAGGCCCCCGCUUUAUGGCCAAUCGGAAGCCCUUCAAACUCCGAGAAGUACUCAUAGCCUACAACGGAGCGCAAGUCCUCUACAGCCUUUUCAUGUUAUACGAGCAUUUAAUGAGCGGGUGGUUCUGGGAUUACAGCUUCAAAUGUCAACCUGUCGACUAUUCCAACAACAAAAAAGCCUUAAGGAUGGCAAACUUAUGCUGGUGGUACUACAUCUCGAAGCUAACAGAAUUCGCUGAUACAGUCUUCUUCGUGUUGCGCAAAAAAGACAGUCAAGUUACUCUACUCCACCUGUAUCAUCACAGCCUCACGCCCUUGGAAACGUGGAUUCUUGUGAAAUUCCUUGCAGGUGGUCAUGGCACGUUUUCCAACCUAAUCAACAACAUGGUCCAUGUUAUCAUGUACUUUUAUUACAUGGUAGCUGCGAUGGGACCGGAAUACCAAAAGUAUUUGUGGUGGAAGAAACAUCUUACCACCAUUCAACUGGUGCAAUUUGGGCUAGUGUUCAUUCAUUCCGCUCAGUUGCUCUUCACCGACUGUGGCUACCCUAGGUUCAUCGGAGCUCUUCUCCUGCUUCACUCAGCGAUCUUCUUCGCUCUGUUCACACAUUUCUAUUACCAAACAUACAGUCGGAAGCAAAAGUCGGUCAAAGCGGAAUAGUAAAGAUGUAUAGUGUUUAGUAAAAAAUUGUAUUUAUUGUAUUGUAUAGUAGUGGACCAAUUGCAGUUAGACUUACUUUAAGUCGGUCGCGAGUCGUGGACGAGUUAGAGUAGGACUAAAAUGAAAAUGGACGACAAGUGUCAUAAUGUAGACAAAAGUAUUUCGUACUUGCUAUCUUCUUUUUACCUCAUCUGUGCAAUUCGUAUUUUAUGAUAUUAUAGUAGCAUAGUGACAGUAAAAUAUUCUUAACCUAGUCAUAGAUAGAUCUGUUUUAAAAACAGACGUGUAUUUAUCGAAAUCUUAGGGUGAACAUAACCGGUGGCGAAGAACCAACCCCACGUCAAAAACAGUUUGUUUUUCAAUUCAAUCAACGGAGAAUUUUGUAAGCGAUGUGUGGUGGAACAGCCGUUCUGUGUCCAUCUGUGGCGUGUGCUAGGAAAAUUAUACGCUUCUAAUAAAGAUGUAUGUAUUCAGUGAAUACAGAAGACGUAUCACCUUAAGCAACAUUUUUCAGUAAUUUUAUUGUAUUAGUUAUUGGUGUAAUAUUUGUUACAAAUAUGUUACGUAAUUUGUAUUUGCUCAAUGUUUUAUAUUUUUAAUUUAAAUAAAUUUGUGAAACGUGUUUA